CGAGCCAUUCAAUGUUGAUCAAGCAUGCUCAGCACUCACGGUUCGUGGUAGUCGUGUGUUUGUGAUUCGCUGGUUAGACAGACAAGACGCGAGGAGUGAGUGCGGUUGGGUUGGAGCGUAGCAGCGAGGCUUGCUUGCGUCACCGCUGCCUUCGCAAGUUUCCCGACGAGUACUGACCUCGUUCGUUCGCGCCGUUGAGUUAAGCGCCUCGAAGAGGAGGAGGGAGAGGAAGUUGAAGCCGAGGGCGAUGGCGCGUUUUGCAUUUGUCGCGGCCGUGGUCCUGACGAUGAUCGCUGCGCUCCCUGCGAGCGCGCAGCCGCCGGAGGUGACGAUUAACUCUGUCGUUUAUGCGGGUUCUGGCUGCAACUACGAGAACAGCAACUGGGUCCUGUCCAACGACUUCAAGACAUUGACCUUCAUGUUUGGCGGGAUGGUUGCGACCACAGACGGGUCGCUGGCCGACAAGAGGAAGCAUUGCCAGCUGUCGUUCUACUUGAACUAUCCGGAUGGCUGGAGUGUGUCGCUUGGCCAGGCGACGGGCCGCGGGUUCGCCGACAUCGCGAAGAAGUCCAAGGGCUUCUACGAGACACACUAUUACUUCUCCGGACAACCCGGUACGGCUAAGGUCGAACGCACCAUCAAGGGGCCCCAGGUCGGCAGCUUCGAGUUCACUGACGACUUCGUGACGGUUGUCUGGAGCGAGUGCAACAACGCUCCCAACUUGAACAUCAAGACGGUGGUGAGAGUGGAGGGCACGAAGGCUGUGAUGGCGCUCGACUCCCACGAUACCAAGUUCCAGCUCAUCUUCAACUGCAAGUGGAAGGCGUGUUAGUGAGAAGCCCACCCAUCAUCUCCCAUUUCCAGCUUGGAGGGCGAGCCGGCGGCGACAAUGAGCGGAAGGGUGGGAUAGGACGGUAGUUAACUUGUCAGGGAUGACCAUCGGCAGCGGAGCCUCGUCUCUCUCUCUCUCUCCCUUUCUCUCUCUCUUUCUCUCCUCUCUCUCUUUCUCUCUGUAUCAUGUAGUUGAUGAUAUCUUCUACUGUCUGUCUCUCUCCCAAUCUCCCUCUUUCUCUGUCUCUCUCCCGCUCUCCGUAUCCUCACUAUUCUCUCUCCGUGUCAAGUGGUUCCUGAUGUCUCUAGGACCGCGUAUGAGCAGUUUGUUGCUAUCACCCGAGAUAGAUGUGUUCACUCAUCUUCUGAGGGGAGGGGGAACGAUCCGAGUCUUCCAUUCGUCGCCGUCGCCUUCGUAAAUCUUACUAAUGGAGGAGUUGAGCCUGUUUGUCCGUAGAUUAGACACGUGGAUGUGAAGAGGUGCGGCAGUGCCUCGUUGUCCUCCAUCUUGUCAGUUAGUCAGUUCUUGCGAUGAUCGCUGGUUUGGUAGAAGGAAAAGAACGACGUCGAAAUCUCCUGCUGGGCGCCGUUAAGCGAGUACCUUAGCAUUCUGGUUGAAGGAGGUCGAAUUCGAAAUUUCUUUCUGGUUCUUGUCUGUUCUAUCUUCUGAACUGUGCAUGUCGCAGAGAAGGGAUAUGUGCUUGUCAAAUACUUCAAACUUUUUAUUGUUUACGAUAACCGUUGUCUGAGCCCGGCCGUCCAGUACGGCGAACAGCCUGGUCAAAAGCUUUUGUAACACCUUUUGCUUUUUUGUUUCGUUUUCUUUCGUCGAACUGUUGCUUUUUUUUUUUUUUUUUUUUUUUUUUGCAAUCCGUCUCUUUGCGCGCCGUCAAUAAGAGAAGAAUGCCGAGUUACGGACGGACGACCCUGGCUCAGUUGGUACAUCCAUGGAGUGUUGAAGCAGUGACAUGAGCUCGAGUCCCGAUGGAAUCUGCUGACCGGUAAAAUUAUUUUGAAUGUGCCUGAGGCGCCUCUAUUUGAAGACAUGUCAAUUACAAGAAAGUAAAAAAGAAUGUGAAGC